AGUGUGUCCUGUAAAUGGAUGAUCAUCCUUUCCAAGAGUCUUAGUAUCUUCCACGCCAGCUGCUAGAUUACUUCCCUUGCAUUAAUGACCUCCCGUCUCCAGUGCUCAUUUGCUCCAUCUGCACGUCCUGCUUGGUCGUAGUUUGGGCACUUGCUCCCCAGAGUUGCUUCCAGAAGAUCAGGAAAUUCUCCUCCACAGACUGCCAUCGAGAUCCAUUCAACCUCUGCGCCUGUCCUUCGCCGGUGUUCCCCUUCCCAUUCCCGUCUCUUUGCUGCAGAAUAGGCAAGGCCACUCCCACUGUCAAAGCUUUUAAGAUAGGACGUAAGAAGAACUUCUGAUACAAUUUUACUAACUUUGGGAGAGAUUUACCAUAAUUUAAAGCUGCACUGUCCAGUACUGUAGCCAGUAACUACAUGUGGCUGUUGAGCUUUUGAAAUAAGGUUUUUUGUGAAGCCUUGAGCAUGAGCCCCACGCAGUGGGACUUCCCUGUGGAAUUAUGUUGUCGGCCUAUGGCUUUUGUUACUCUAACGGGCCUGGAUGUAGUUUAUAAUGCUGUUCAUCGAGCUGUUUGGGAUGCUUUCUGUGCCAAUCGGAGAGCUGAUCGAGUACCAAUUUCUUUCAAGGUGCUCCCAGGUGACCAUGAAUAUCCCAAAUGUAGACCCAAGAGAACUUCGUAUGAAUGGUACAUUCCUAAAGGAAUCUUAAAGACUGGCUGGAUGAAUAAACACCUGAACCUGGUACCGGCCCUUGUGGUUGUAUUCUAUGAACUGGACUGGGAUGAGCCUCAGUGGAAAGAAAAGCAGUCUGAAUGUGCUACCAGAGUGGAAAUAGUCAGGCAGAGUUUACAAGGGAGAAACACAAAAGUUGCAGUGGUUCUGAUUCAGAAGAAAACCCCUUUACCCCCAGGAGAAGAUGUCAUUGCAUCUGAAAGGGCUGCAGCUUUAUGUAAUGCUUGUGAACUCUCGGGAAAGUCUUUGUUUGUACUGCCCCACACUGACCACCUGGUGGGCUAUAUUAUAAGAUUAGAAAAUGCCUUUUAUGAACAUGCACAGACUUAUUACUACACUGAGAUCAGAAGAGUGAAAUCCCAUAAGGAAUUUUUGAAUAAAACAACACACCAGCUUUUAUUUGUUAGACAUCAGUUCAAAAUAGCUUUCUUCAGUGAGUUAAAACAAGAUACACAAAAUGCUUUGAAGAAUUAUAGGACUGCCUAUAAUCUUGUACAUGAAUUGAGAGCCCACGAAACUAAUAUUCUGGAAAUUAAGACUAUGGCAGGAUUUAUAAACUACAAGAUCUGUAGGCUGUGUUUUCAGCAUAACACCCCAUUGGAUGCAAUUGCUCAGUUCCGAAAACACAUUGACUUGUGUAAGAAAAAAAUUGGAAGUGCGGAGUUAUCUUUUGAGCAUGCUGCAUGGAUGUCCAAACAAUUCCAGGCUUUUGGAGAUUUAUUCGAUGAAGCUAUUAAAUUAGGACUGACAGCCAUUCAAACUCAGAAUCCUGGUUUCUAUUACCAGCAGGCAGCAUACUAUGCCCAGGAACGGAAACAGCUUACAAAAACUCUCUGUAACCAUGAAGCUACUGUAAUAUAUCCCAGUCCUGAUCCCUUAGAAACACAAACAGGCGUUCUUGAUUUUUAUGGACAAAGAUCGUGGCGGCAGGGAGUACUAAGUUUUGAUCUUUCUGACCCUGAAAAAGAGAAGGUGGGAGUUCUUGCCAUUCAGCUGAAGGAGAGAAGUGUUGUUCACUCUGAAAUAAUAAUAACUCUUCUGAGUAAUGCUGUUGCACAAUUUAAGAAGUAUAAGUGUCCAAGAAUGAAAAGCCAUCUGAUGGUUCAAAUGGGAGAGGAAUAUUAUUAUGCAAAGGAUUAUACCAAAGCUUUGAAGUUGCUGGAUUAUGUGAUGUGUGAUUAUCGGAGUGAAGGAUGGUGGACUCUGCUCACAUCUAUAUUGACCACAGCCCUGAAGUGUGCCUAUCUCAUGGCCCAGUUAAAGGAUUACAUUACAUAUUCUCUAGAACUCCUUGGAAGAGCGUCAACUCUGAAAGAUGAACAGAAAUCGAGAAUAGAAAAGAACCUCAUAAGUGUUUUAAUGAAUGAAAGCCCUGACCCUGAACCUGACUGUGAUAUUUCAGCUGUGAAAACUGCUCAGAAGCUGUGGGCGGACCGUGUCUCUCUAGCUGGCAGCGGUAUUUUCACAGUAGGAGUACAGCACUUUGUGCCAUUUGUACAAUGCAAAACCAAAUUUCAUGCCCCAAGUUUUCAUGUUGAUGUUCCUGUUCAGCUUGAUAUUUAUCUGAAGGCUGAUUGUCCGCAUCCCAUUCGGUUUUCCAAGCUCUGUGUCAGCUUUAAUAAUCAGGAAUACAACCAGUUCUGUGUAAUAGAAGAAGCAUCCAAAGCAAGUGAAGUUUUAGAAAAUUUGAAUCAGGAGAAAAUGUGCUUUGUUCCUGGUAAAACAAGAAAAUUUUUAUUUAAAUUUGUUGCAAAAACUGAAGAUGUGGGAAAGAAAAUUGAGAUUACUUCAGUGGAUCUAAUUCUAGGCAACGAGACAGGAAGAUGUGUAGUUUUAAAUUGGCAGGGAGGAGGAGGAGAUGCUGCUUCCUCCCAGGAAGCCUUACAGGCAUCGCGUUCGUUCAAAAGACGACCUAAGCUACCUGACAGUGAGGUUCACUGGGACAGCAUAGUCAUUCAGGCAAGCACAAUGAUCAUAACCAGAGUUCCAAACAUUUCUGUACGUCUGCGACAUGAGCCUCCUGCCCUGAUGAAUGAAAUGUAUUGUUUGGUUGUGACUGUUCAGUCCCAUGAAAAGACCCAGAUCAGAGAUGUGAAGCUCACUGCUGGCUUAAAACCAGGACAGGAUGCCAAUUUAACUCAGAAAACUCACGUGACUCUUCAUGGAGCAGAGCUGUGUGAUGACUCUCACCCUGCUUUACUCACUGACGUUCCUGUUGGAGAGUUACACCCAGGGGAACAGCUGGAAAAAAUGUUGUAUGUUCGCUGUGGAACAGUGGGUUCAAGGAUGUUUCUGGUCUUUGUUUCUUACCUGAUCAAUACAACUGUUGAAGACAAAGAGAUUGUUUGCAGGUGUCACAAGGAUGAAACUGUAACAAUAGAAACCGUCUUUCCAUUUGAUGUUGCAGUUAAAUUUGUUUCUACAAAGUUUGAGCACCUAGAAAGGGUCUAUGCUGACAUCCCCUUUCUGUUGAUGACAGACAUUUUAAGUGCCUCUCCUUGGGCCCUCACUAUUGUGUCCAGUGAGCUGCAGCUUGCUCCUUCUAUGACCCCAGUGGAUCAGCUAGAGUCCCAGGUGAACAGAGUUGUCUUGCAGACCGGAGAGAGUGCCAGUGAAUGCUUUUGUCUUCAGUGCCCAUCUCUCGGAAAUGUUGAAGGUGGAGUUGCAACUGGGCGUUAUAUUAUCUCCUGGAAGAGAACUUCAGCCAUGGGAAACACCCCUGUCAUAAGUACCGUUAUCAUUCUGCCGCACGUGAUCGUAGAAAACAUCCCUCUCCAUGUGAACGCAGACCUGCCUUCAUUCGGGCGUGUCAGAGAGUCAUUGCCUGUCAGGUACCACCUGCAGAACAAGACAAGCUUAGUGCAGGACGUGGAAAUUUCUGUGGAACCCAGCGAUGCCUUCAUGUUCUCAGGGCUUAAACAGAUUCGCUUACGUAUCCUACCUGGCACUGAACAGGAAAUGUUAUAUAAUUUCUAUCCUCUAAUGGCCGGAUACCAGCAGCUGCCAUCUCUCAAUGUCAACUUGCUUAGAUUUCCCAACUUCACUAAUCAACUGCUGAGACGUUUUAUACCUACCAGUAUUUUUGUAAAGCCACAGGGUCGACUCGUGGAUGAGAACUCAAUUGCUGCUGCAUGAUGUUCGAGACUGGCCUUGGCUGUGUGCACAGUUUAUCAGGACUAUAUAGGUUUUUCAUUGUGAACUGUAGCUCUGAUCAUGGUAAAAAGUUAAUCUUUUCUAUUUUUUAGUGAAUAUUAUACCAGCUGUUCAAAGGAACUCAUGCUUAAAAUAUUAGGAAAAUAUCCUCUCUUAUAUUUUCACUAAUAAAUAUUUGAAAUCUGUCAGUGCUAUAAGGAGUAUCAGUCCAUUGUUAUUAUUGAAAGUCAUUUUAUGAAUAGUAAAUUCUUUAAAAAGUAAGUGAUUUGCAUGUACAAUAUCAGAGGAGAAAAAUUAAGCUUCCCAGAAAUGACUGGACAAGCAGAGGAAAAUGCACCAAAUUUGCCCCAGUAAGAUUCUGAGUCCCCUGUGAGAGUCUCUUCUUAGAGGUAGCUAAACUGGAAAUAUAUCCAUCCUCGUAGAUAUAAGGUGUGCUCAAAAUAUAUACAGAACGUUUUGUAAACAGUUGUAGGACUGUUACAGAAAGCUUUGAGCAAAGCAAUGUAAGUUGUCUAACACAACUUACCACCACAGCACGUCGGAUGGUUCAGCUCACAGCCAAGAUGCACAUCGUGGAGCAGUUCAUAUGUGUGUUAACAAAAUCCUAAUCUCAAAAGAUCUAAACUACAGGGAUCUAAUUAUGAGCAGAAUUUUCUAAACUAAAAGUUUUUGAAAAAGGUACGUGGUCUAAAUAAGAGCUUUUAGUUGUGAUGUGCAGUUUCAAAGAAAAACUUUAAAAUUCUUAAUUCAUGUAAAUAAAAUCAUAUUUUGAAAUUUUUCUUUGUUAAUACCUUAAUAAUUUAAAAGCACCUGGAAAUUUUUAUUAUUUAAAGUGCAGGAGUUGUAAAAAGGAAAUAAGUGAUGUAAAUAAAUAUAUUCUCUUUCAUAUUUGCUGGUGUAUACCUUUUAUUUGAGAUUUUUGAUUCCAGCUUCAUGAAAUGUUUUAUAAUUGAGAACAUCAUUUCAUGAGGUAUAAUGGAGAGCAUUCAUUCCAUUCCCGCCCUGAAUAUCAGAGACCUAUGCUUACACAUAUAUAUGUGUACCUAGCACACACAUGUACACAUGCACACAUACAUAUAACCACAGCAGCAACAAAACUGAAAGCAGGGAAUGCUCUCCAGGAUUGGAAGUUGGGAGAUCUGUGUUCUAGAAAGGCUGUACUCACUUCCAGGGGUCUGUAGACAAUGGAAGAGGCUGUCUUGGGAGGAGGUGAGAUCCCCGUGAUCACAGCUGCUCAGGUGACGCCACAGGAGCAUGACUCGGGAGUCAGAUUGCUUGGACUGAAUCCCAGCUCUGCUGCUUGCUAGCUAGGUGGCUGUUCAAGUUACUUACCCUCUAUGUAUCUCAGUUUUCUUAUCUUUAAGAUGUAGAUGAUAAUAAAUACCUGUCUCAUGAGCUUGUUAUGCAGAUUAUGUAAAUUAAUACAUGAGAAGAAGGUGGAACACUGCCUGACCCAAAGUUAUUGCUCAACCAGGGUCAUCUAUUUGUCAUUGCUUUUUAUGGGAAGACGGAAGAGGAUCUCUCU